AUGAAUCUUAGUUGCCACGGUUAUUUUUUUUCCUUUACCUAUCGAAGAUUUUACUUUUCUUUCUUUCUUUCUUUUUUUUCUUUCUUUCUUUUUUCUUUCGGUACAUUUUCUUUCUUUCUUGCUUUCUUUCUUUCUUUCUUUCUUUCUAUCUUUUGGUACAUUUUCUUUCUUUCUUUUCUUUCUUUCUUUCUUUCUUUCGGUACAUUUUCUUUCUUUCUUUCUUUUUUUUUCUUUCUUUCUUUUGGUACAUUUUCUUUCUUUCUUUCUUUCUUUCUUUUGGUACAUUUUCUUUCUUUCUUUCUUUCUUUCUUUCUUUUUUCGGUACAUUUUCUUUCUUUCUUUCUUUCUUUCUUUCUUUCGGUAGAUUUUUUUUUUUUCUUUCUUUCUUUUUUUUUUCUUUUUUCAUUUUCUUUCUUUCUUUCUUUCUUUCUUUCUUUCUUUCUUUUAUUUUCUUUUUUCUUUCUUUUUUUUUUUUUCUUUUUUUUCUUUCUUUUUUCUUUUGGUACAUUUUUCUUUUUUUCUUUCUUUUUUUUUUUCUUUUCUUUCUUUCUUUCUUUCUUUUGGUUAUUCUUUCUUUCUUUCUUUUUUUCUUUCUUUCUUUUGGUUUUUCUUUCUUUCUUUCUUUCUUUCUUUCUUUUGGUACAUUUUUUUUUCUUUUUUUAUUUUCUUUCUUUUGGUACAUAUUCUUUCUUUCAGUCUUUUUUCUUUCUUUCUUUAUUUCUUUUCUUUCGGUUUUCAUUUCUUUCAUUUUCUUUCUUUCUUUCUUUUUGUUUUUGCUUUCUAAUGUAUUUUCAUUUGUUUCCUUCCUUCACUCCUCAUUUGAAUCUUUUACUUUUCUUUCUUUCUUUCUUUCUUAUUCUUUUUACUAAUCUAUCUCCUUCUCACCUUCUCAAAUCCCUUUGGUCAACAUUCUAUGUUUUCGUUGGCAUUAAGUCAACUAUUUUUUGA